CCUAGAUGAUAGUUUUGUUCGACCGACUUGUGUGUGUUUUUUUCUUGAAGUCCAAAAAACUAAAAUCGAUUUGGAUUUUAGUUUAAAUUCCUCUGGAAUAAAUCUACCAUCAUCAGUCUAUAAAAAUUAAUAUUCAAAUAUACAUUAAAGAAAGUUAUUUGAAUAAUAUAAAAUUAUUAAAUACCAAUUGAGUGCCAAUUGAAAUAAAAAACCAACGAAAAAAAAAAGGAACUAGGAAGGACUUUUUAAUUUUUCUUCCGUGUUUCAACCACUUUUCAUACCAGAGAAAAAAUCAAAAUAUCGAUUUUUGUGUAGAUUUUGACUGCGUAAAAAAAAGUAAAGAAAAAAUACUAUAAUCAUGUCUUAUCGACUGAAAGCAACCAAAUGUCCCACAGAUGAAUUAUCGCUUACCAAUAAAGCCAUAGUAAAUGUAAAUGAUUUUCCUGAUGAAAUCAAAUAUGCCGAUAUAUCAACCGGACCAGGACAACAUUUCAUUUUUGCAUUGGAGAAGACCUCCGAAGUUCCUCGAGGACAUGUUGGCUUCUCUUUGGUCCAGCGAAAAUGGGCCACUCUGUCAAUUAACCAAGAUAUCGACGUACGCCCAUAUCGAUUUGAUGUUAAUGCAGAUAUUAUCUGUACUGUUGUUUUAGAGACGGACUUUUUGCAAAAGAAAACGGUAUCUCAAGAUCCGUAUGAUUCUGAUUUAAUGGCAAAAGAAUUCUUAUUGCAAUUCGCUGGAAUGGCCUUGACUGUGGGACAAACAUUGGUUUUUAGUUUUCAAGAUAAGAAAUUGUUGGGGUUGGCUGUUAAGACGCUAGAAGCUGUGGACUCGAGUGCAUUAAAAGAAAAUAAAGAAAUGGCUACGAAGAAUGUUCGUUUUGGACGUUUAACCGGCAAUACUGUAGUACAGUUUGAGAAGGCAGAAAAUUCUUCAUUGAAUUUAGUUGGAAAAGCUAAAGGAAAAGUUGUUCGCCAGUCCAUUAUCAAUCCCGACUGGGACUUCGGCAAGAUGGGAAUUGGUGGUCUUGACAAAGAAUUCAAUGCCAUCUUUCGUCGUGCAUUUGCAUCUCGAGUUUUCCCCCCAGAGCUUGUUGAGCAAUUGGGUUGCAAGCACGUCAAAGGUAUCUUGCUGUAUGGUCCUCCCGGUACUGGCAAAACUCUGAUGGCUCGACAAAUUGGUAACAUGCUUAAUGCUCGUGAGCCUAAGAUCGUCAAUGGUCCACAGAUUUUGGAUAAGUAUGUUGGUGAAUCUGAAGCAAAUAUUCGUCGACUAUUUGCUGAUGCCGAAGAGGAAGAAAAACGACUCGGUCCAAACAGUGGUCUCCAUAUAAUUAUCUUUGAUGAAAUCGAUGCCAUAUGCAAGGCUCGUGGUUCAGUUGCUGGCAACAGUGGAGUUCACGAUACCGUAGUCAAUCAAUUGCUGGCCAAGAUUGAUGGUGUCGAACAAUUAAAUAAUAUUCUAGUCAUUGGCAUGACAAAUCGUCGUGAUAUGAUUGAUGAGGCUCUAAUGCGACCCGGUCGUUUGGAGGUUCAAAUGGAAAUUAGUUUGCCAAAUGAAGAGGGUCGUGUACAAAUUCUUAAUAUUCACACAAAGCGAAUGAGGGAAUUUAAGAAAAUCGCCCCUGAUGUAGAUUCAAAGGAAAUAGCUGCUCUAACUAAAAAUUUCAGUGGUGCUGAAAUUGAAGGUUUAGUUCGUGCUGCACAGUCAACAGCAAUGAAUCGUCUAAUUAAAGCAGCUUCCAAGGUUGAAGUUGAUCCAGAAGCUAUGGAAAAAUUGAUGGUUAAUCGUGGUGAUUUCCUCCAUGCAUUGGAGAAUGAUAUUAAACCUGCAUUUGGUACAGCUCAAGAGAUUCUUGAUAACAUGCUUUCUCGUGGUAUUAUCAACUGGGGCACACCUGUGUCUAAUCUUCUCGAAGAUGGUAUGUUGUAUGUGCAACAAGCAAAGGCAACUGAAAGCUCAGGUCUAGUCUCAGUGCUGAUUGAAGGGUCACCCAAUUCGGGAAAAACUGCUCUUGCUGCCAAAUUGGCAAAAAUGUCCGAUUUUCCAUUUGUCAAAGUUUGUUCUCCUGAAGAUAUGGUUGGUUUUACCGAAUCAGCUAAAUGUCUUCAUAUUCGUAAGAUUUUUGAUGAUGCUUACCGUUCAACACUGAGUUGUAUUGUCGUUGAUAAUGUUGAACGACUCUUGGAUUAUGGUCCCAUUGGACCAAGAUAUUCCAAUUUGACACUGCAAGCUUUGUUAGUUUUAUUGAAGAAACAACCACCUAAAGGUCGUAAAUUACUUAUUUUGUGCACCAGCAGUAGGCGUCAAGUCCUAGAAGACAUGGAAAUGCUUUCUGCAUUCACUUCAAUUCUACAUGUACCCAAUUUGUCACAUCCCGAUCAUGUAUCAGCUGUUCUUGAAGAUGUUGAGCUAUUUAACAAGGGAGAACUUCAAGCCAUUGGCAAAAAAAUGAACGGAAAGAAAGUAUUUAUUGGCAUCAAGAAGCUACUUGGUCUUGUCGAUAUGGCUCGCCAAACCGAACAUCAAUAUCGUGCAAUAAAAUUCCUCUCGAAGAUGGAAGAAGAAGGUGGUCUCGAUAUGAAGUAACUACUCAAGAAGGAUCUCAAUAUGUCUGUUGUUGUGCUAAACGAUGUUUUCUAAAUAAAAAAAAACCACAUACGAAAAAACAACAACAACAAGAAUAACAAAAAAAAAAGUAACUCAAGUCAAUAUAUAUUUAAAAUUUAUUUAAAAAAAAAAAAUCUAUCAUACUAAUAUUGUAUACAUAAAGUAAUUAAUUCAAUUCUUAAACAAUACAAAGUAUUUAUAUAAUAUAUUAAUUAAUCAAUCACACUUAUACAUUACAUACAAUUUUUUUUGUAUGGGUUUCGUUUUAGCUAAGCAACAAUUUUCUUUGUUUUUUUUUUUUUUUAAGUGCAAAUAUUUUAUAAGUUUUUUUUCUCUUGUCAUUUUUCUUUAGUCUUGGUUACACGAACAAUAUCUUUAAAUGGAGGAAAAAGAAAACAAUUUUAAAAAUGUUAAGGCUAUAAAGAUAGUAAAAGUUGUGACUUAUGAUUUAUUAGCAUUGAAAAGUUUUAAAAUAUUAGGUAUCUCGAAACAUCAUCUUAAAUAAAUGAUUAAAUGACUGUAGAAUAUUUAUUAUGAAUAUUUAAAACUAAUAUUAGCCAUGUUUUUUUGGUAACUCAGACUUAGCUCAGUUAUAAAAUUUUGCAUGGAAAACAACAACAAAUGAUUGCUAGGGAUAAACAAAAGUUUUUUUUUGUUGGUUUAGAGAAAAAUUUUUUUUCUCAACCUAUAAAUUUUUGACCUUUCAACAAUAACAAAAUAAUAAUAAAAAAUAAAAGCAAUCAUAAAUGUUGGUUUUUAAAGCAUAAAAUGUUUACUCAGUGAAUUACUCAGUACCAAUGAAACACGGCUAUUGUAUUUUUCAAGUCAUAGUUAGUUGGAAAAGUGAAUUGGAGGCCAGUUUGGUUGACUGACUUUAAUACUUGAAUUCCAUGGUUUACUACAUUUAAGCAUAAAAACUUUCAUCUUUUGUUUCUCAGCGAUUAUGUCAAAUAAAAAUGGUGAACUUGUUCAUAUGCAAAUAAACAUUUAUUUCUUUCACUCAAGUGAAGUCACCCUAUAGAGUUUGAAUUUUAAGUAAAUCGUUAAUCUCCAGGGAUAAUUUGUUUCCCUCGGAAUAUUUUUUUACCCCGAAAUUUAUUUUGCGAGCGUGAAUCUCCCUCGAAAUUUAUUUCCAGACAAAAAAAUUAAAUAACAGCUAAAUUCUCUGGAAAAUCGAUUACCAAUACCAAAAGAUUCGGAGAAAAAUUUUUCACGGUCAUUUUCGUUCACAAAUAAGGGAAAUUUUUCACUGGGAAAUUUGUAUUCUCGUUAGCCCUAAUAACAAUUAUCGACCGUUGUUUCAAGAAAAUAUUUUCUUAACAAAAACAGGAUUUGUAUUAUUUAUGUCCAAUUUAUUCAGUCGCCAUUAAAAAAGGGAAAUUUUAAAAUUUGUAUGCGAUUUGACGGAUUUCUUCAUUUUUAAUGGAGAUUUUAAAUAUAAUGGAGAGUGAAUAAAUUGGGCCUUAAUGGGAUUGAUCGGUUAAGAGCCAUAUAAUAAAUAUCCCUUAACGUGUAAUGGAACUAAUCGGGAAUCAACAAGGGUUUUUUUUUUGAUUUUUGAGAAAAAUCACAAUUCAACACUCUAUUUCUUGACUAUACUCUACAAGUACCUACAAUAUUGAUAAAGUCACCAUUUGAGCUCCGAUCCAAAACAAACAAAAUUUACAUAUAGAAACAACUAACUAUGAAUUUGGUUUAAAUUUUAUGAGAAUUGUUGAUGUUGAGUUCUUUCUUAUUGGCAGAGCAACUAAGUAAAAAUCUAAAAUAAACCGUCCCUUAAAAUUAAAGCUUGAAGCUCUUCACAAAAAAAAAAAA